CCCACAGCUGGACGUCAUAGCCACACCAUAGAGACAGCGUCUAUGCUUCCGGGGGAGAUAGAUAGGCUGCUGGCGGCGGUUGACGGACGCAUGCGCAGUGAUGGCGGCUCCUCUCUGCGUGUGCGGCGCUCGUUGGUAAAAUAGCCGCAUGCGCACUAGUAGCAUGACUCCAGACUCAGGCGGAGAAGGAAACAUGGCGGAGCCGGAACCCAAAAGGAAGAUCCCGCUGGUGCCGGAGAACUUGCUGAAGAAGAGGAAGGCGUAUCAGGCCCUCAAGGCCACCCAGGCAAAGCAGGCGCUGUUGGACAAGAGGAAGCACCAGAAGGGGAAGCAGAUACAGUUUAAACGUAUUGAGACAUUUGUUCGAGAUUCACGGCGCAAACACAGAGAUGAGGUCCGGUUGAAGCGCAUGGAACAGAAGCCUGGCCAAAUGGUUCUACCUCAGGGACAGAAGUUGGCCUUUGUUGUACGGAUUGCAGAGAUUAAAGGGGUGAGUCCAAGGGUGCGGAGGGUGAUAGAGAUGCUGCGGUUGAGGAAGAUUUUCAGUGGCACAUUCAUUAAACUGACUCCAGCCUCACUGAAGAUGCUGCGCACUGUGGAGCCCUAUGUAGCAUGGGGACAUCCCAAUCUGAAAUCUGUACGAGAGCUCAUCUUGAAACGAGGUCAAGCAAAGAUCAACAAGAAGAAGGUCCCUUUGACAGACAACACUCUGAUAGAGGAGCAUCUAGGGAAGUUUGAUGUCAUUUGCCUGGAAGAUCUUAUUCAUGAAAUUUAUUCAGCUGGGCAGCAUUUCCGAGAAAUCACUAAUUUCUUAUGGCCAUUUCAUCUCUCUGUUGCUCGCCAUGCUGCACGUAACAAAGUGGGUUUCCUCAAGGAGAUAGGUGAACCUGGGUACCGAGGCGAGGGAAUCAACAAGCUCAUACGUCAGCUGAACUAGUCAGGGUCCAUAUGAGGAUUUUAGGUUUUUGUCUCCUGCGCCAUGCUGAACGUUUGUUCUUGCAGACUGUUGGAACUGAGCAAUGUGACAUUACAUCUCCUGUCUGCUAACUUCUUCUGCCUUCAAGGAGAAAUCAUGCCUGAGGGAGAUGGAUUUAGUACUGUUCCUUCUCCAGGAAGAAGUCAAAUUGCUAUCCAAUGUGAGCAAAAAAGUGACUUGAACUUCUGGGGAGCAGAGCUUUCCUGUACAUCUGAUGAAACAGACAUCACUAAAACAAAUUUUUACUAUUGUUG